AGGAGCAGAGGGUUGACUUUAUAGCGGUUUAUUUUAGCUUUACAGUUUUAGAGAUUCAAUUCAUGCCUUGAUUAUUUAAACUGCUCUUUUUGAUCUGGAAUACUCGCUCUUUGGAAGCAGACGUCAUCCGUGGUUCUCUCUGAAAACGUUGAUGUCUUAACCUGAUUUCUGCACACUCAGAAGCCAUGAGUUCUUCAGCUGUAAGUGCAGGGGACAGCGGCAGAGCUGGCUUUGACCUCAUGCAGAACCGCAUUGAGUCGCUGAGCAGCAAGAUGGACAAGCUCAUGGAUAUUCAAGAGAAGGUCCUAAACCGACUCGACGGGAUGUCCCACGAUAUCGACGACAUCGAACAGGAUAUGGAGAGCCUGAAGGUCGACAAGGAAGAAAUCCAUGUAUCCCCCAAAGUUAUGAACCAGACCCAGAUAGGGAGGGAGGUGAAGGAGAUCUGCAAGGAGAUGAGCACCAUCAUUUCCGUGGUGAACCAGAGGUCUGAACAGCAGGCUCAGAAGCUGGAGGGAAUGGAAAAGCUGGUCCUCAGCAUGCAGCAGGUCAUCAGCUUCAUUGGGGAGACGGUGAAGCGUUCUAAGGUUAUGGAGAUGAUGUUCAAAGGCCCGGCAGCUCGGAAGGGCUCCAAACUCAAGGACAAUAAAGGAAGGCAAGCGGUUAAGAAGAAAUCUGCAGAUGCAAUAAGUAAAAAGCUUGACAAGGCUAAAGGAAAAGACGGAACGGAUCUGGGCCACAAAAAAGCCCAAAAGAAGUUGAAGCCUCCAGACGUAGCAGUUUUUGCACUUCUUGUAGACAGCAUCUCCCUGAAGAAACAAGCUCUUCUUCUAGAAGAGGUCCUAAAACUCAACAAGGAAAAUGUGGAGAAGUCAAACCUUCAGCCCGUCCCUCCUGACCUGGAGGCUGGGAUGCCUCCCACAGAUCAGGAACUGGAUGUGGUCCCGGAGAAGCUGGCGGACUCUGUAGCUGUGGCUGAGGAGGAGGUCAAGGAAACAGAGCGAGAAGAAGGAGCAGCAGUGAUAGGAGGAGAACCGGCGCCACAUGUGGAGGAGGAGGAGACCAGUAAAGAAGAAGAGAAACUUAAAUCUACGGAGGAGGCGGAGGAAGGGAACGAAUCGGCUGCUAGAGAAGCUCCUGAAGUCAAAGAGGUUUCAACUCAUGAAGAACAUGAAGAAGAAGUGGAGAAUGUCAGUGACAGCAACAAGGAAUCGACAUCAAAAGAGGACCAAAUUAUUGAGACGGACGAAGAGGAUCAGAGGAGCGAUUCUGAGGACUGGGCCGUCUUCAAGGCAGAAGGAGUUGAGCUGCAGUUCAGCCUUAAAGCCAAGCUGGAGGGCGAGAAGAAGGAGCAGUUUGCAGAAAACGAUGAUGAAGACGAUGGCGCUGAGCGCUUCUUCAUAGACUCCGGGCCUCCUCCGUCUGCUCCUUUUAAUCACCGCAUUGUGUCGGCCAAACCCAACCAGAUCAGGAACUUCUACACCAUCAACUGGCAGGAGGUCUUGGGCGGGGGGCGCUUCGGCCAGGUGCACAAAUGUAUUGAGAACUCUUCUGGCCUCACUUUGGCUGCAAAGGUCAUCAAAGCCAGGAGCCAGAAAGAAAAGGACGUGGUGAAGAAUGAGAUCCAGGUCAUGAAUAAUCUGGACCACGCCAACCUGAUCCAGCUCUACGCAGCUUAUGAGUCAAGGAAUGACAUCAUCCUUGUACUGGAAUAUGUUGGUGGAGGGGAGCUGUUUGACAGAAUCAUUGAUGAAAACUACACUUUGAUGGAGCUGGACGCCAUAGUCUUCAUCAGGCAGAUCUGUGACGGCCUGCAGUACAUGCACAAAAUGUCUAUCCUGCAUCUGGACCUGAAGCCAGAAAACAUUCUGUGUGUGAGCAGAGCCACCAGUAAGAUAAAGAUCAUUGACUUCGGUCUCGCCAGGAUAUACAAACCUAGAGAGAAACUGCGCGUUAACUUCGGCACUCCAGAGUUUCUUGCCCCGGAGGUCAUCAACUUUGACUUUGUGUCAUUCAACACAGACAUGUGGAGCCUCGGGGUCAUCACCUACAUGCUCCUGAGCGGUCUAUGUCCUUUCCUCGGUGACAACGACACCGAAACUCUGAACAACAUCCUGGCCGCUCAGUGGAACUUUGAGGAGGAAGAGUUUGUGGAUACGUCAGAGGAGGCCAAAGACUUCAUCAGAAGACUUCUAAUCGUCAAUAAAAGCUGGAGGAUGGGGGCGUGUGAGGCAUUAAGGCAUCCGUGGCUCUCUGAUCCCGUCCUUCAUCAUCGUCUUCACACAAAGAAAACAAUGUGCAAAUCCCGAAGAUCAUCAUGUGUGCCUCACACCGAAAGCUAAUAGCUCACUGCUGUGACGGCUCCUGCUGUGACCACUUGGACCAACCCUUCUGUCCGCGUAAAUCACCUGAGUUCCAGUCUGUGCACCUGAAACACCGACUGAUCCUGCAAAUAUCCACUGCCAUAUUACAGACAAAAAAAAAAAAGUAUUAUUUUUAGGAGUUUAUAGCCAUUAAUCUACAUGCUUCCUUUAAGUGCUCUGUCUCUGAAAGUUGUAACAACUAAAGUUAUGGUUGUAAUCUCAGCCAAUCCAUUCAAAUGAUCAUUCAGUCUUUGUAUAUUUAUGAAUGUCUGGUUGCACUUUGAUAGUUUUUAAAAGUUAGCAUUAGCGCUGUGCUGCAGUGGGUUUGUUUUUAGAUGUCAUGUGUUACUGGAUCGGAUAAAACGUUAAAAAACACUUUUUAAAAUACACUUUAGCACAAAUUGCUUCAUAAUUUACUUAAAUUAUUCUCAUGUAACCCAAACAAAAACGUGUUAUAGAUAUAUGUAUAUGAAAUCAGGUCAUAUAAAUGGGGAAAAUCCAUUGGGCAUUCCAAGAGUAUUAAAUAAAUGGGUAAUUUGAAUAAAAAAGAGGGAGAAAAUCCAUAAAUAUUGUGUUUGAGGACAGAAUGGAAUUUGUGUGGUUGGUGUCAGGAAAAGUAGUAUGUGCACUUUAGGAUAUUAUCCAAGCUAAAAAAGAAUAGAGUAACCUGCCGGUUGCUUCUCCUGUGAUUGUUUAGAAAGAAAACAGGCUUAAAAAUGGAUGAUCACAUCUUAUCAGCAAACUGAUUUUUGUUGCAUGACUCUUGUUGUGUAAAACCAGCAUGGCUUGCAAUUAUUUUUUUUAACCGUUUCUUCGAAUUUUAUAUUCAAAUGUGUUGUAUUUUGGGUCAUAUUAGUAAUAGGAAGUCGUAUCAUGUUUGUAUCUGUAUAUCUAUGACACUUUAGAGGACGUUCUCACUCAGCGAAGAUUUCUUAUCAAGCACCUUCUGUGAAGGUUCACACACACCAUGUAUGUUGGGGUAGAAAUGUGAGGUUGACGAUGAAUGUAAUGUUAUUUUAUUUUAUUUUUUUUAGAAAAAUAGAGUGCUGGGGAAGUUAUUCUCACUGAGUGCUAACAAAUUCAGCAUGUAAUUGUGAAGUGUGCACACCCCCUAUUAAAUGAAAACUAUGUCUUAAAGAUUUUGGAUUUCCUUCUUUUUUUUGUAACUUGGGGCCAAACACACACCUAAGAGCAAUUUAAAGUCUCCACUGAGUCUGCUGUAGGUACCAUGUGUUCGACCUUGCAAAUUCUUAAAUUUGUAUUUUUUUAAUUCUUGUGUUUAUUUUCAUUUUGUGUUUGUUUGAAAAAAAA